GUAUUCCCGUUCGCACCGGAAGCGGAAGUCUCCCUGAAGACGGAAGUGGAAACUGCGACUCCCACCCCCCCAAUUAUCUUAUAUCUUUACUGGUUCGCUUCAUUUUGACUGCGCAACUCCGGGACCCCAGGAGCGGAGGGGCUGCAGGGUGAGUCCCUCCCGCGAGACAGCUCCGGUUUGGGCGGUGGCGGACUCGGCCUCUCUUUCCUCUUGAGCCGCAGGGGCGGCAGUGCUCAGCAUCCUGCAGAAUUGGGGUGGGGUCUUUGGGGACGGGGCGGCCUCUGCGCGCCUUCCCGGUGCUGCGCCCUUUUGAGUUCAAGGCGGGUACGACACGCCCAUUCGCGCUUCAGACGACGGGUGUGGACGCGGGGCGGGUGUGGAAACUGCGUAUUGAGAAUCACGGGUUGUGCAGGAUUUAUCGACCGCGCGUGCAAACGAUCCCAAGUAAUUUUUUAAAUUAUUAUUUUACCUAAAACCUAGGUAAAACUGCGGAAAAUUUUAAGUUGGUUAUAUAGUGCAAUCUUAACCAUUUCUCCUCAGAAACUGGUCCCACUGAAUUCAUUGGGGCUUUGUGGCAGGUAAGGGGUUGGGAUUGGAGUCUUAGUCUCCCGUUGCAUGAUUACCCCCGAAAGCAUUUGGGAACAAGAAAUUUGAAUGUUAUUAAGAGAUUCUCAUUUAGAUCUGGAAGACAUUCACCGCCUUGUCAUGCUAUAAUAUUCUGUUUUCUUUUUCUUUUUUUGAAAAAAACAGUGCCCAUAUGAACGAACACAGUUCUAGUCUUCCAACAACACUUUAAACCACAUCAGUUUGCAGCAGCAGACAUGAGUGGCUCCAAACCUGAUAUUCUGUGGGCCCCACACCAUGUUGAUAGAUUUGUUGUUUGUGACUCAGAGCUCAGCCUCUACCACAUUGAAUCUGCUGUCAGUUCUGAACUCAAAGCAGGAUCACUGCGUUUAUCUGAAGAAACUACAGCUACCCUUUUGUCCAUUAAUUCAGACACUCCGUAUCUGAAAUGUGUGGCUUGGUAUCCUAAAUAUGAUCCUGAAUGUCUCCUGGCAGUUGGGCAGGCCAAUGGCCGAGUUGUCCUUACCAGCCUUGGCCAAGAUCAUAACUCAAAAUCCAAGGAUCUGAUAGGAAAGGAAUUUGUUCCAAAGCAUGCUCGGCAGUGUAACACUCUGGCAUGGAAUCCACUAGACAGCAAUUGGCUUGCUGCAGGCCUAGAUAAACAUCGGGCUGAUUUUUCAGUACUGAUCUGGGACAUAAGUAGUAAAUACACUCCAGAAACUCCAGUUGCUGCUGAGAAAGUAAGGCUUUCAUCUGGAGACACUGAAGCAGGACUUGUUGUGACAAAACCACUUUAUGAAUUAGGCCAGAACGAUGCUUGCCUUUCUCUCUGUUGGCUUCCACGGGAUCAGAAACUUAUUUUAGCUGGAAUGCACCGAAACCUGGCUAUCUUUGACCUUAGGAAUACAAGCCAAAAGAUGUUUGUGAAUACGAAGGCUGUUCAGGGCGUAACGGUUGACCCCUACUUCCAUGAUCGUGUGGCUUCCUUCUAUGAAGGUCAGGUUGCUAUAUGGGACCUUAGAAAAUUUGAAAAGCCUGUAUUGACCCUGACUGAACAACCAAAACCUCUAACUAAAGUAGCAUGGUGUCCGACGAGAACUGGAUUGCUAGCUACUUUGACUAGGGAUAGUAACAUAAUCAAGCUCUACGAUAUGCAGCACACUCCUACACCUAUUGGGGAUGAAACUGAGCCUACAAUCAUUGAAAGAAGUGUGCAGCCCUGUGAACACUAUAUUGCUUCCUUUGCAUGGCAUCCCACUAAUCAAAAUCGAAUGGUGGUUGUGACUCCAAACAGGACCAUGUCUGACUUCACUGUGUUUGAAAGAAUCUCUCUGGCAUGGAGCCCCAUUACCUCUUUAAUGUGGGCAUGUGGGAGGCACUUGUAUGAGUGCACAGAAGAUGGGAAGGCUAGUUCUUUGGAAAAAGACAUAGCCACUAAAAUGCGUCUUAGAGCUUUAUCCAGGUAUGGCCUUGACACGGAACAGGUCUGGAGAAACCACGUGCUAGCGGGAAAUGAAGACCCACAACUGAAGUCACUUUGGUACACUCUGCACUAUAUCCUUUUAAAAACUCUUGUAUGCAGGAAGGAGUCUUAAUAUAGAGGGCUGGCUGCAUUGUUAGGCAGUGCUUUUGUCCUGGUGACAGAUGAAUGAGAUAUUCUCUUCUUAGCAUUGUUUUGAUGUAUUUAUUUCUGCUGCUUGGGAAGACUGUGGGUGGGAUGGGCCAAAGCUUCAGCUAGGCAAAAAAGAGCCAAACAACUGCAAAGAUGUCCAUUGGUUGUAGGACAGGAGGUGAAAGAAAUAAGCAGCAACAGAAACUUGAGACUUAGGGCAUAUUGGCAGGAGCAGAAUAUGUAUUGAUGAUCCACUGGUGUCCAAGAAGACAGUGGUAGUAGGAAGGAAAGGGAGAGGAGGGAGCACAUGGAGCAGUGUGGGGUCAGGGUGAUGCACCACUUUCCAAUUCUUUUAAGGAGCCAGAACAGUUCUGCUGACAUGAUGCAGAUUUAACCAGUAGUAUAGUCUGUGCAUUACAUAGGACACGUGGCUGAUUUUUCGUUAAAAGGCUACUCCUCUUCAUCCAAAUGUGUGUUCCUCUGUUGAAUUUUAUUUGUUGCCUUAGGCUAUGACAACCAGCAGAAAAUAAUUUAUAUGUUCAACAGAACAAACAUCAAUAGUUACAAAAAAUCCAAACACCAGAACAAACUCAUCUAAACUGCCCCAGACUAUAUCUUUCAUUAUUUUUUAAACCAUUAGAAGAAAAAGGUUCUGCCGUCCCCCUCCCCCAUUCAACCAACCCGUUAGAUAAUGGGCUUUGCAAAAACUUUAAUUAAUUUACUUUAUGCCUGAAAAGCAAAGUCACCACUGACCUUCAACCCAAAACUCAUUACUGGCAGUGCUCAGGCCACAUGAUAUGGCACAAGUGCCAGCUGUUGAAGGGUGGAAAUGGUCAUAAAUUCCGCUGGGAUAGCACAAGCUCGCUCUUUGCCCACCUUAAGCAGCUUUUGGGAUCCAAGCUGUAGUUUGUUUCUUCAAGAACUGUGGAGGGCCAAACCCAGUGGGGUAUAGGAAUUUCCUAGCCACCAAAUGCAUCAUCAUCAUCAUCUUUGCCGCAUCUCAUUUUAAUGUUAAUUUGCCAAGUUUCCUAUAUUUGAAAAUACUUAUGAAGCAGUAUACUGAGGAUAUGGAUCAGAAAUGCACAGGAAACAAAGGAUCUUUAGUUUAUGCAGGCAUCAAAUCUAUUGUGAAAUCCUCUAUGGGUAAGUGCAUUUUGACUGAUUUCUUACUUAAUUUUUAAAUUUUAUUUUAAUGAGUGACUUUGGCCAGCUAUUUUGUCCCAUCCGAACCUACUUCACAGGGUUUAUGUGAGUGGGAAUUUUAAUGGCCCGAUGUACACCACUUUGAGGUUCUUCAGAGAAGGGUGGAAUGUAAACACGUCUGAUAACAAAAAUGAAACCUUCCCAAUGUCUUUUGAACUCAUGCCGUUUCUGAGUGUGUUUUCUCAACCACUUUUCUGAUUCACAUGACAUUCUGCAUGACUUCCUAGUACCCCAAGCCAACUUAAUCUAUUUAUACACAGAUUUCUAAAAAUAGAUAAAUCCUUUCUCCCCAAAUGAGUAAUUUUUGUCAGGUUUUGACGAAGGUGCAAGAAAUAGCUGAAGAGCGGACUUAAUUAACAGUAACUGUGAUGCUUUUAUCGUUAAUACAGUGGUACCUCCUGUUGCGGACGGGAUCUGUUCCAGAGUUCUGGUUGAAUCCCAAGGUUUCUGCAACUGGAGGGACCACUUCUGCGCACACACGGCAAAAACCCGUAAAUGUACUUCCAGGUUUGCGCUUACGCAUCCCGAAGUUUACAUAUCCAGAGGGAUACGUAAGCGGAGGUACGACUGUAUUGGUUUUAGCUUUACAUGUUCCUGAAUCUAAGUUUCUAUUUAUCUUUGUAUGCAAAUAACUCAAAAAACAAUUGCUCUUUAGGAACAACAGAGAACCUCAGGCACAGCAGGAGUGGAUCAGACAGACAGGCUGACAUUAUUCAAUAUCUGAGUGAGGAGAGGUCACUGGCUUUGCAGCUUUGUGGAUGGAUAAAGAAGGGCACAGAUCUGGAUGUGGAGCCCUUUUUAUACUCUUUGGAACAGGAAGGAGACUGGGAGCGAGCUGCUGCUGUAGCUCUAUUCAACUUGGACAUUCGAAGAGCAAUACAGAUAUUGAACAAAGGAGCAUCUUCUGGAAAAGGUACCUGCUGUGAUUUGGUAUCACUUUGGCAGAGUGAGCUGCUCCUUGUUGCAUUUUCUUUAAUAAUAUCCUGCUUAUCAGUGAAAAUAGAGAUUUCAUAUUCUCUUCCGCUUCACAAAGGAUUGAAUCAGGUAAGUGCUCUGCCAGAUGCAGCUGGUGUCUUCUGUUUGUGGAGGGCUGUUUUACACCCUAUGUUAAAAAGAACAUGAGAAAAACAAACCAAAUCUGAAUGUUUUCCAUUGGCAGAAACAGGAGGCAUGAAUGGAACCCACUGAUUAUAGCACUGUGCAAGUGUUUGUAGCCAGUGGCUGUUUUCUAUAUGUUCAUGGAUCUUUGCAUCCAACACAGUAUAUUGGGGGGGGGGGGGGGGAACCUGGUUGGAUCCCAUACCCAAUUGCUUUAGUAACAGGAAAGGAUAGACAUCACAAUUCUACUGUACCAGGGAUGAAGCAUUGCCAUGGAUGAAGAGGCUGAAGGAGCAGUGGUACCAACCCGCCCCCCACCCCCAUUUCUUCAUCUGAUGUUGCACUAUGUCCUGGAAUCAGCCAUUCUGAAUGGUAGAUCAAACUAAACAGUUAUGCAUGAAUAGAAUGUGGUGUAUGAAGUAGUUCAUGUCAAUACAGUGGUACCUUGGUUCUCGAAUGGCUUGGUUCCCGAACAAAUCAGCUCCCAAACGCCACAAACCAGGAAGUAAGUGUUCCAGUUUGUGAACGUUUUUUGAAAGCCAAACAUCCGAUGCAGCUUCUGCUUGACUGCAGGAAGCUCCUGCAGCCAAUCAGAAGCCGUGCCUUGGUAUUUUGUUUUUUUCAGAAUUGACUGAAAACUUCUUUAUUAUUCAAGUGCCCUAUCCCACCCCGCCCAGCAGUCAUACAUGCAUGACUAAAACAUUUUGGCUUUUAAACGUACAGGAUUACUUCCAAAUACAGUCAACAUAAAAUAGAAAGGAAUACAAAGUUUGUACACAAACUCAGCAAGGAAUACACAGGUUUGCAACGGUUUCGGGAGUCAAACAGACUCCCAGAACGGAUUAAGUUCGAGAAGCAAGGUACCACUGUAGUGUUAAUUUUCCCAGUAUCGGGAAGUCAAGUUCUUCUCAUAAUCAAUAAAUUGUACCAGCAUCUUUUGUUCUGCCUUUCAGAGCGAGUUCUGUUCCAGGGUCAGUGGCAGUUGUUUUUGUUGAACACCUUGAUUGCUGAGUUUGGGGGUACAGAUCCCUCUGUCAUCCCAAACAAAAGAUUUUAACUGUAUUUUCAAAAUGUCCUUCAGAAGUGGAGACCAAAUGGCUUGAAAUGUUUGCUAUUGUGCGGCCUUUAUUUUUGCUGUGCAGGUGAUCUAAACCUCAACGUAGUGGCCAUGGCAUUAUCAGGCUAUACUGAUGAAAAGAACUCCUUGUGGAGGGAAAUGUGCAGCACCCUGAGGUUACAGCUCAACAACCCUUAUCUCUGUGCCAUGUUUGCUUUCCUAACAAGUGAAUCGGGUUCUUUUGAUGGGGUUUUGGUAAGCUAUUUUUGUUCGCUAAUCUCCGUUGACUAAAUACACAAAGGCACAAAUAUUCAGAUGCAAAACUGAGAACUUGAUCUGGUUCUUUGUGUGUUAGAAAAUUUGGCCCUGGGCUGCUUAGGACUUCGGUCUUCAGCAGCUUUUGUGAAACAAUCCACUGUGAAAAUGUUAUUGAAAAGGAAAUAAUGAACUCAGGUUUACGAGCAUUGGCCAUCAUCUAAGAGGUGGAACAUAACCCUAAAUAAUUAAUUUCCCCAGAUGGAUUCCACUUCUCAACUUUGAGGUGGGAUCCCAGCUUCACUUGCUUGACAAAAAUACAUUAAAGGUCCCAUUCUGAAGAUUAAGGGCAGGGAUGUAGAAUCUGUGGUCCUCCUGAUGUUGCUGUACUCCUGGCUUCCAUCGGUCCCAGCUAGUGGGGCCAGUGGUGAGCAGAGACAGGAAUGGGGUGGGAAUCCAGAACAUCUAGGAGGUCACAGGUUCCCCAGUCCCAUGUAAACAUUUUCCUUCGAUAUUGCAAAGAGAUAGGAUUUGUUCAGCAGAGGUAGAGCCUGCACCCCUGCCAUUGAUUGUACAGUGGUACCUCGGGUUACAUACGCUUCAGGUUACAUACACUUCAGGUUACAGACUCCGCUAACCCAGAAAUAGUACCUCGGGUUAAGAACUUUGCUUCAGGAUGAGAACAGAAAUCGUGCUCCAGCGGCACGGCAGCAGCAAGAGGCCCCAUUAGCUAAAGCGGUGCUUCAGGUUAAGAACAGUUUCAGGUUAAGAACAGAACUCCGGAACGAAUUAAGUACUUAACCCGAGGUACCACUGUACACUGCUUCUAAAACUCCCCCAGAUUUGGGAAGUGGUGCUUGGAAACCAAACUGAGAAGUUGCAACAUAUCUUGCACUUGGCAAGCAACUAGAAAAAAAGAAUAGUUUUCUCAAAAUCACUAAGGCUGUUUUUAUUAAUUUGUCAUCUUAUACAACUGUAAAUAUAGAAUUGUCAUAAAACUUAUCAGCCUUUUUUUUUUCAGGAGACUGGCUGUUUUUUUCCAGGCUAAUGCUAAUGUGUUUUGUAUUCUUUCAGUAUGAAAGUAAUGUAGCUGUACGAGACAGAGUGGCAUUUGCUUGUAAAUUCCUAACUGAUGCUCAGGUGAGAUGAUCAGAUCUGCCAUCAUUUUCUUCCUUUGUUCUUUCUAGAUAACAUAAAGGGUUGAAUAAGUAAUCACACACAAUCUUGCAUGCUAUUCUCUGGGUGUUGGAAAAAGAGUUUUGUCAUCCAAAAGAAUUUGAUAGCCAUCCUGAAGUAUAAUACCCAUUUGAAAUAAGUGUAAAAUCUAAUAGAGACUUGUUGUACCUUAAAGACCAAAGAUUUAUUAUGACACAAGCUUUUGAGGACUCGUCUAAUGAUCUCUGUACAGUCUUGUAAAGCAUUUGCCCGUGGCAAGUAUGAACUGCAUCUGGGCAGUAAAUAUUUAACAGAGAAGAGUCAGCUUGGAAUUCAUGAUUCUUUUAGGCCACUGCAUUUGUUAUGUAUCCUUUCGGAAAUAUUUUGAAAUUGAGUACACAUUGAAGGUGGAUAUUAUUUAUUGCUUUUAUCGCUAAAUCCUGAUGAUUAGAUAUAAUAAUCAAGACUUUAAUUCUGCAGUGAGCCCAGCCCAACCAUACCCCAUUUGUGUAUGAGUGUGUGUGUAGGCGUGUGGAUGUAAUUCAAGGAAUGAGCAAAACACUGACCAAUCUUCUUAUUUUAAAUAGCUGAAUAGGUUCAUUGACAAACUGACAAAUGAAAUGAAGGAAUCUGGGAACCUUGAAGGAAUUCUUCUGACAGGACUCACAAAAGAUGGAGUGGAUUUGAUGGAAAGCUAUGUUGAUAGAACAGGAGAUGUUCAAACAGCAAGUUAUUGUAUGCUGCAGGUUUGUAUUUUUUUACAUACAAAAUCUCUGAUUUAUAGAAUUCAUGUCAAUACUAUACAACUCAUUUUUUGUGUAACGUGCAUAAUGUAAUAUUUAAUAAAUCAAAAUUUAAUUAAAUAAUACUGUGCAUGGGGUUAUUGUUUUUGUUCAUUAGUAUUGGAUGUAUUUUUAUAUUAUCAACCACCCUGUGAUCUUCGGAGGAAGAAUGGUAUAGAAAUUUAAUUAAUAAUAGCAAUUCAUUAUUGUGCUACCCAAAUGUUAGCUACUGUGAAGCAAUUCUGAUAGGAUAUUGUGGGGCAAUUCAUGACUUAGUUCUUGGUAGCGUGACUGCAGCAGGGGUGGGAGAAGCGAAGUGACUGCAACUUUUGGUCCAUGCACUUUCAUCCUUGUUGGUUUACACAAAGCCACAGUUUGGAUUGGGGUUAUUUGCAAGCUAGGCAAAUACAUUAUUAUUAUUAUUAUUAUUAUUAUUAUUAUUAUAUUUAUUUAUUUAAUUAAGUGGUGUUCAUAAACAAGCUUUAAAACUAUUUAAAAUGGGUAAAACAACAUUUCUUAAGCUAGUGUUCAAAAUAAUGUAAUUUUGGGGAGACCUUUGAAACAGUCUCCUCUGUGCCUACCUUUUUAGGGUUCUCCAUCCGAUGUGCUUAAAGAUGAGAGGGUUCAGUAUUGGAUUGAGAACUACCGGAAUCUAUUGGAUGCAUGGCGGUUUUGGCAUAAGCGAGCAGAAUUUGACAUUCAUCGGAGCAAGCUGGAUCCCAGUUCAAAACCUUUAGCCCAGGUAAAUGUGCUUCUAAUUUUUCUGGCCAUGUAGUGAGUCAAUUUAGCCAAUGGACAUAAAGCAGCAGACUUCAUUUGACAAAGAAAAGGAAGAUCCAGUUGUUUGCACGGUGCUUGUCUGAGGCACUACUGGUGAGCAGUAUUGUUUUUGUUUGGUACUGUUUUGUGUUUUUAUAUUGUAAACUUUGAUCCUUGGAUGAAGGGUGGUAUAGAAAUUUAAUAAAUAAAAUAAAUAAAUAAAUGCCAAACCUUUAUUUCUAAACAGAAAGUCCACCCAAUAUUGGCAUAUAUAUUUUUAUAUUUUUCAAAAUCAAUAUCUCUCCCCAUAUCACCUGUCUGUCCUUUUUUUCUUUCCUGAACAUACAAGCUUUUAAUUUUUUUAAAACAUGUUUUGCUUCUGAACUUGUAAGCUCUGUUUAGCUAUUAUGGCCCAUUGAUAACCCUAUCAUCCCAGUGGGUGGGUAUGAAGGGGUGCAGCUUGAAAAACCUAUAGGGUAGCAAUAUAUCUACUAGUUGCUUAAUAAUAAAUAAAAGCAAAUCUAAUCACCCUCAUAUCCCUUUUUUAUAUUUGCAAGGUGUUUGUAAGUUGCAAUUUUUGCGGAAAGUCAAUUUCGUACAGCUGCUCGACCAUCCCUCAUCAGGGCCGAGGAUUCAGUCAGUAUGGCGUAAGUGGCUCCCCGACCAAGUCCAAAGUCACAAGUUGUCCCGGUUGCCGCAAGCCCCUUCCUCGCUGUGCACUUUGUCUCAUAAAUAUGGGCACUCCAGUUUCCAGCUGUCCAGGUAUGGCUCCCUCCCAUUUGUUGAACUUCUCCAUUUUAUUAUUCAUAGGCUUCUAGCUUUGUGGUACAGAAAACUGAAUACAGUCCUGUGAAUGCUUAUUUUGCUGAACUGCUUUACAUCAGUUCACAUCUGAAUGACUUUCUCUGAAAAUGAGCUGUUUGUUACUGGCUUUGUCCUGCUUGUAUUAACUGCCCCAUCCUUAUUGGGGUGUUGUUGUUCAGUCGUUUAGUCGUGUACGACUCUUCAUGACCGCAUGGACCAGAGCAUGCCAGGCACUCCUGUCUUCCACUGGCUCCCGCAGCUUGGUCAAACUCAUGUUCGUGGCUUCAAGAACAGUGUCCAUCUCAUCCUCUCUCAUCACCUUCUCCUUGUGCCCUCAAUCUUUCCCAACAUCAGGGUCUUUUCUCUUCUCAUGAGGUGGCCAAAGUAUUGGAGCCUCAGCUUCAGGAUCUGUCCUUCCAGUGAGCACUCAGGGCUGAUUUCCUUAAGAAUGGAGAGGUUUGAUCUUCUUGCAGUCCAUGGGACUCUCAAGAGUCUCCUCCAGCACCAUAAUUCAAAAGCAUCAAUUCUUCAGCGAUCAGCCUUCUUUAUGGUCCAGUUCUCACUUCCAUACAUCAUUACAGUGGUACCUUGGGUUAAGUACUUAAUUCGUUCUGGAGGUCUGUUCUUAACUUGAAACUGUUCUUAACCUGAGGUACCACUUUAGCUAAUGGGGCCUCCCGCUGCCGCCUCAUCGCCACCGUGCAAUUUCUGUUCUCAUCCUGAAGCAAAGUUCUUAACCCGAGGUACUAUUUCUGGGUUAGCGGAGUCUGUAACCUGAAGCGUCUGUAACCCGAGGUACCACUGUACUGGGAAAACCAUAGCUUUAGCUAUAUGGACCUUUGUCGGCAAGGUGAUGUCUCUGCUUUUUAAGAUUCUGUCUAGGUUUGUCAUUGCUUUUCUCCCAAGAGGCAGGCUUCUUUUAAUUUCGUGACUGCUGUCACCAUCUGCAGUGAUCAUGGAGCAGAAGAAAGUAAAAUCUCUCACUGCCUCAGUUUCUUCCCCAUUUGCCAGGAGGUAAUGGGACCAGUGGCCACGAUCUUAGUUUUUUUGAUGUUGAGCUUCAGACCAUAUUUUGUGCUCUCCUCUUUCACCCUCAUUAAAAGGUUCUUUAAUUCCUCCUCACUUUCUGCCAUCAAGGUUGUGUCAUCUGCAUAUCUGAGGUUGUUGGUAUUUCUUCCGGCAAUCUUAAUUUCGGCUUGGGAUUCAUCCAGCCCAGCCUUUCGCAUGAUGAAUUCUGCAUAUGUUAAAUAAACAGGGAGACAAUAUACAGCCUUGUUGUACUCCUUUUCCAAUAUUGAACCAAUCAGUUCCAUACUGGGGUGUAGCUUCCCUUUAAGUCAUCUUUAAGUGCAGCCUUUGCCUAACCCACAUGCUCUCUUGCACCUGUUCACGGUGCUGUUUGAAUACCACUUCUUUAAGUGCCAGUCAGGCACUGAGAAAACAGGCCCUUGGGGGGCCCGCUAGGGGGCGCCUUGGAAGAUGGCGGAUAUUAACAUCUAUCCAGCUCGCACGAGGUAAUUAGAGGCUGAUUAUAUCAGUCUCCCUUCAUCUCUCCAGGGGGGAGAGAUGCCGUUUUCACCCGCUGUUGCCAUAAAUCACCCCCGAGUUCGGAAGAAGGAGGGGGUGAGGCACUGGGUGCACAACCCUCGGCGGGCCUCGGAACUCCUCCGAAGCUGCUUCCAGGAGCGAAACUAGCUGCGUUACUUAAAAGGAAAAAAAUUGGGAAAGAUAACGCACAUGCUUCAAGAGAGGCAGGAGGUUUUUACCACUGAAAGGAAGAAGACUGAGACAGACUGAGAUGGAAGAUUACAUCAAAGUACUACAAAUAUGGUAUGUGGAUUGGAAUGCCGGAACUAAGGGGGGGGGAACGACUUUAUUUCUUUUGCUCUAUGUGAUUAUUAAUAACCCUCCCUUUGAAGAUCUGUCACAGAAAUUAAUUGCAAAUGGGACUAAAAAUGAAUUGUGUGGGAAUAAUUAUGAACUCUGUGAAGGAUUUGGAAAGAAGAAGGGCUCUCUCUUGUGACGCAGUAAGAAUGGAAACUUGAUAAGAGACCUGUGUUGCUGGAGUUGGUCUUGGGGAGGGCGAGCCGAAGAUAUAUUAUUUUCGAGGAGAUUGCGAACUGGAAGGGGCAGCCCUCCUGCAAAAAGACUAAUUUACGAUACAACAGGUUGGAAAAGCUAAAGAGCGAAUUUCUAGACUGUAUUUCAUCGGAACGACAAAAAUGGCGAUUACUCGCUCGAGCGGAAAGGACUGUUGGAGGAGAGUGAUUUACGAGAGAGCAGCACAAAGCCCACACAGAAAUACAAAUAAGACUGUCUUUUUCAACCCACUUGCGGAGCAUAUCGGAGGAAAAUGGAAAGGAAAAUGAGUAAUGACAAGUAUUGAGAAGAGGAGCCUGGAAACAUCAUUCUUAAUAUGGAAGCAGAACAAAUAUUCGAGGAUUGGACUUCUGCCACUCAAGAAGCAUGGGUACCCCCCACAAAAAUUUAUAAUUUGGAAACCAAUUGGAUUAUAUGAUAUGUAUUGUUAUAAUUUGGACUAAUUGAUUUGAUGUGUUUCAUUUGGAAAUAUGAAAUUUAAUAAAAAUUAUUUUUUUAAAAAAAGAGAGAAAACAGGCCCUUGUGGGUUAAGUUCAGACUAAAUUGUUCUUGGAGUUUUUAAGGCAUUUUAAAAUUUUGUAGAUAAUGAGAAAACUUAAAUCAUGUCUGGAAUUCAAAGAGCUACUUAGGGUCAACUCGGAAAAUCUUUAAAUAUUUUGCCAUAAAUAAGAAAACAUGCAUACAGAAUCAGAAACUGCUUUGGCAAGUCUGUCUCAUCAGCAGUUUGCCAUGUGUCAUUGCAAAACACAAGCCCGGACUUAGGUAUGCAGGACUCAUCAUGUGUUUCAUUGGAUCCUGACACCUCUAUAGCAAUUUCACGCAUCUGUUGCCCUGCAGAUACACAUGCUGGGAAGGGCGACUGGCCUCAGCUUUGUGUGCUGUGAAAUAGAGGAGUACGGUGAUGACACAGGACUACAUUUUUGACACUUUUUAUCUGUGAAGAAGUGCUUCAUAUUUACAGGAAACAUAAUGUUUGAAGAGACACUUAUUUCCCUGAUAAUGAUUACCCUCACAGCUGGGAGCCAAGUGUAAGAUCUUUUCAUCAAAAUGGGUACAGAUUAUUUGUGCGUUAUUUGAAAGAUGCUCUGUGCUGCAUGAAAUUCCCAUUUACAAAUAUUUGUAAACUUAAAAAAAAAAAUCUAGAGGAGUUCUCACCUGUAUUAUGGAAAUUGGCUUAAUACUUUUCAGCCUGGGGAUGUUAACUGCUUGAGACACUGAUUAUUAUGUUGCUUUGAUUAUACUGGGUAAUUUUGUUUUCUGUGCCAUUUCAAAGUUGUUUCCAAUCCUAGUCAUACUCCAGAUAGACACAUAGAAAUUAUUGGACAUUAAUUGCAGUAAGUCUCCUCUGAGUUGAACUUAAUUGGAUACAACCCUGUCUCCAUUGGUUUUAAACAACCUGUUCUCAUUACCAUAGAAAUCAAUUCAGACUACAUUUUCUUAUUUAUAGGAGGAUCAAAGUCAGAUGAAAAGGUGGAUCUUAGCAAGGACAAGAAAUUGGCCCAGUUCAACAACUGGUUUUCCUGGUGCCACAACUGUAGGCACGGUGGUCAUGCUGGACACAUGCUUAGCUGGUUCAGGUAAGUUAACAAAGAAUAAUGUGUUGCUUAAGCCAUGGGUUCUUCCUGACUGCAUCCCGCCUAUUUAGAGCUUCUGCUUAUAUGGAUUUGUAGGCCAGCACAUACUACCAGACUACUAAUUCUGCUACAAUAGCACCGAGAAUUUAAGACAAAGCCCUUGAAAUGAUAAGAUUACCCAGCAAAUGAAAGCAUACGCAUGAAUGAAAUUCAUACCUUUGAUGAAAGUCUGUUCACAUUUCCUCAAAAUAUACAAGAAUUAAGGAGCUUUUUUAAAUUACAAAACCCAACACCAUCUUGAGCAUUAACCGAACAUGGUAGCACAUAAUGUAGAACGAUUCAUAAGACAAAUUUAGUGUAUUUGAAGACUAAGGGAACACAGGGCUUUCUGCUGUUCUCAUGUGUGGUGUUCAAGAGUGGUUUAAUGUUGAAUCUUUGCCUGGACUCUAAAAAGUGGCGGUAUAAGGAUUGCAGCCAACAUGGCAUGAUCAGAGUUCUGCUUGCACAAUGGAACUUCCACUUUCCCCUGCAGUCCCCCUACUACCCUCCGAAUUUUCUCUGAAAGGUCUCUCAACCUGCCAGUGCAGAUGUCAAAGGCAUAGAGGGAGGUUAAGUUCCAUUGUGCAAGUGGAGCUUAUUGUAGUUCUGCUUUUGGACUAGCACUGUUGACUACUGCUCUAAGUCUAAAUACCUACAACAGGCAUGCUCAAGGAUUUAUGUGCCCCCUUGGUGGAAUCCCCCCCCCCUCUGAACAGCAGGUCUCCAUUGGAACUAGUUGCAUAUGGUGCCUUGCAAAACAUGCCUUCCUAGUAACUCAUGCAGUUGGCAUGAGUGAAUUCAUUACACAUGUAUAGGCUAAAUUGCUUUUUUUGCACUUCUACAACUUUGGGGCAUUUUUUAUUUCUCAGGGUCUUACAAGUAUUUUCUCUGUUGUCUUGCUGUAGCCUACAUGGCCUCAGAUGUUAUAAUAAAGCUGUUCAUUAUUAUCACAGUAAAUGCUAGCUGACACAUGGUAGGAUAUUUGAGGCAUAUAGUUUUCUCAGUAUUGACCUGAAAGCAGUUAUAUUACCUUUUAAAGCUAUCGCCCUUUGUUCUAGAAGCUCUUUCAACACAUUAGCUGUAGCCCAGAGCUCUAUACAAUGCACUCAUGAAAGAUUCUAUGGGGAAUGAACAUAAUGUUCCAACUGCCGUCAAUUGAUGUUUCCAGGCAGUGCAUUUAGGCUCAAAUGGGUGGUGGGAUGUUACAUACAUUAUUCUGUGGUAGCUAAUCAUCUUGUAUUACAUUCCAAGCUGCAUUCCUCCACUUCCAACUGUUUUAAUCUUUAGCAUCAAAUCAAUUUUACUUUUGGAGCAUGAACACACUGCUUUCUAUUUAUUGCUUAAAAUAAGAAUUGGAGGGAGAUACUUCAGAGACACUUUUAAAAUGUAGCUUGUAGAGUGGAUUAUAGACAUGAGCAGCUCUGGAUUAUUAUUAUUUUAUAACAAUUUUAACCAUUUGUGUAUUCUGUAAUCUCUUUCUAACCAAUACCAAAGUGCUUUAUUCUUUUUUAAUGAGAAAAAUAAACAUUUUUUUUUGUUUUUUUAAAAAAUAAAAAGGCUGCCUUGCAGUGUUAUAAUGCUACUUCUUUCUUAUCUAGGGACCAUACUGAAUGCCCUGUUUCUGCCUGUUCCUGCAAAUGUAUGCAGCUGGAUACAACGGGGAAUCUUGUCCCGGCAGAGAUGAUCCAGCCAUGAAACAUUAGAGCUUAAAUAAGGUCCUUCACAUGAGAGGCUUUCUCCAAUAGGUUUCCCUCACAGCCCGAACACAUACCUCUGAACGUGUUACUGUUGACUUGCCUGUAAUAGAAAAAUAAAUCAUCCUAUCACAUCAGCAAUUUGAUGUGUGGUUGAUUUUGAUUCUUCAAAUUUGGCAUGUGGACUUUGUUCAGUGGGUUGUGAAGCAGUUCAUUUAAGAGGCAUUUAUAGGUUUCAUUGAAAUUCAAAGCAGCCUUCAGGAAGACUUUCAGCACUACACUGUCCAGACCUUGAGGCUUCCAUCUGAGAUGAAGUGGCAUCAUUUGCUGUGCUUUGGUAACUCCAUGAACCUAUAAAACACUACUGAAAACUCUUCUUGGAAAGACAGUCGUGCUGGAUAUACAGAUGUUUCCACCAGCAUUUUUUCUAGCUUAGAUUUUAAAGUGUUUAUGCUCCCAUCUAUAACUUAGCUACCACUGCAUUGCUUUUCUGUGACACUCCUAAGACAAAUCUUUGCAUGAGCUGAGCUGCUUUGGUUUGGAUGAGUAAAUAGUAGUAGCUCAAUGCCAGUGUAACAUGCUUUGCGGGGCAUCCCAAAAUAAUGUAAUUAGUGUUACACAGCUACAGUCCGGUAUUAAUUAAUCUGAAGCUUUUUAAGUUCAAUGAUGUGAAAGACCUAACCUUUGAAAAAAAUGACAGCUUACCUGUAUUCCCGAAACAUACUAUAGUGUGAAUUGCAUACAUCCAAAUUUUGCUUUGGGUCAAGAGGACAUUCAUUUGCAUCAGAAAACCACAAGCAUAUAAUACACAAUCAAGAACAGCCUGAGACAUUACAGUUAAAAGUUCACUUACAAAAUGUGGACGACAUAGAAUAUGUGUUGUGGCAAUGGCUGCUCAUAUCAGAUGUUGACGAGCAAAUAAAUUUUACCCCUCCAAAAAAACUGCCUAUGUCAAAAUAAAGGAGCUUAUCGAUUUCGAUAGUGGAUAGUAUGUGAUAUACUUCAAUAGUGUAAAGUAUAGAAAGGUAACAUUGCCAUGAAAUGAAUACACAAGAUGGCAAUACACUGACUGGUAUAGAACACUAGUGCAGGUGUAGGGAACUUUAGAUUUUGCUCACCUACAACUCGCACUAUCAGUGGCCACGUAUACUGGGGUUGAUAGGAGAGCCAAAGAUUCCUCACACCUACUGUAGUGCAUGUUACAUUUUAGUUUACAUUUUUUCUACUGUUAAUUAGCAACACGGCAAAUGAGUUGCAUUCAAACUUUCACUAGUCAACUAGAAACUUGAACUUCCGUUGUGCACAUUUUCAAUGCAAUGUAAUAAUUGUUUGGCCUAUAUUAUAGCUGCCUAAUUGACAAUCUUCUGUUGGCUUGGAUGCAAGAACCAUGCACAAUAUUCUGUGCAUGCCCCUGGGCUUUCUUGCCUGCUUUCUCACUGCAUUAUGAAGGGCAAUGUGGUGCAGUGGGAAGGUCAACAAUUGGCCACAGAUGCAAGUGGGAGAGAGUUGUACUUGCACGCAGGCCAUUUUGGAUCCAAGCUUCCGUCUUUGUACAAAGAUAUGAUGUUAAAAGGGGAGGGGGAAACAAAUGCUUAAUGGAAGCAGAAAUAUUUAUUUCUAUGUACACCAUUUUUUAAAAUGUUGUAUUGCCUUAGUCAAAGUCUACUUCCUGUCAGAAUUGCAUUUUUACUAUUGAUCAAUAUUUGAGAUGCAUAUCACAAUAUCUAAGUUCCUGUAUUUUUGUAGUUGCUUCAAUACAUUUCCAGAAUAUCUAGAAUUAAUUUUAAGCCAUUAAGAGCAACUUAUAGACUUUAUUUUUGUGCCCUUAUAUUCAAAGUAUUAAAAGAGCUCUGAUAUUAAUAUGGUGUCUCCUUCCCUUCUGUAAAAAAUUAUACUGAGUAUGUAAAUAGGAACUGCUAAUAAUGUGUUAUCCAGUUGUCUUAACAGUAUUUUGUAAAAUGAAAGCAGCUGUAUUUGCUGACUUUGAGAGGGCACAAAGUCUUUUGUGUACAUGAAAGUUCUGUAUGAAUAUCUUAACACUCAGUGCUCAAUGAUGCAGGGGCUGUACUGCAUAGAUUAGUUUUGACUCGAAGACAGUUCUCAGGCAUUUCAGCUUGUGUAUGUGUUUCUGCAGACUGAGGGUUUUUAACCACUUCUGUUAAUACAGUUGCUUCUCCUUUUGACAUUGUAAAAUAAAAGCUUGAUUUAACUUCCCAUUUUGAUUAAGCUGAAUGUUUCAUGAC